CCGCCAACAUCCACGACUCUUGACUGAAAAGGGCCUCGAAUGCAACCUUGAGGCAAGGAGGAAUUAAGCAACGAAAACAGAUCGAGUCUCAGUCGUCCGAUUCUUCACGCGACGCCCGCCCGCGCUAUCAGCCCAUCGACCAGGGUUUUCUUUUUUUUUUUCUUGUUUCUUCUCCUCUCUUUCCUUUUUGUGAUCCAUGCGCUGAGCCCCUCCAAAGCCGCCGCUUCACGAUGCGCAACCUUCGCAACCUCCGGUUCGGAAGAUGGCGGCAUCCGGACAUCACUGCCGCCUGCUGGGAUCCCGAGAAUGACGAAAUUGUGUGCUCCAUUGGGCCGACGGCUCAGAAUCAGACCAUCGAGCUGGUGAGGCUGUCGGAGAAGGAUUCAAUAUCCCGUCGCACACUCGCCCGCUGGGAUGCGCCCAGUCCGACCCCCGAUCUCCUCGUCGACCGAAUCGUCAAUCUGCAGUACUUGAGCGGCAGCGCUACGACAUGUGUUGUUCUGGAAGGCGGCGAUAUCAUUACGGUUCGAGAAGAGCCGGGAGGACCCUUCGAUGUUCACAUUGAGAUCAUGGGAUCUAUCGAUGCUGGCAUUACGGCCGCACGAUGGUCCCCAGACGGAGAGCUCUUGACCGUUGUUACAAAAGCCAACACUGUCAUCUUUAUGGGAAGCACAUUCGAUCCUGUCGCCGAGGUUACCAUGACAGAAGAAGAUCUGAAGGCGUCAAAACAUGUUUCCGUAGGAUGGGGCAAGAAGGAGACACAAUUCGAAGGUCGCGGUGCCAAGGCCCUCAGAGAUCCUACGAUACCACUGAAAGUCGACCAGGGCCUUCCGAGCUCAAACGAAGACGGGUCUGCGUCCAUCAGCUGGCGCGGAGAUGGCGCAUAUGUAGCUGUCAACUCAGUUCAAAGCGGUUCUCGGCGCGCCAUCAGAGUCUACUCUCGCGAGGGAGAGCUGGAUAGUGUCAGCGAGCCCGUGGACGGAUUUGAGGGCGCUUUGAGCUGGAGGCCGUCUGGUAAUCUAAUUGCCGGUAUCCAGCGCUUGGCGGAUAGAGUCGACGUUGUGUUUUUCGAGCGCAACGGUCUGCGCCAUGGACAGUUUACUCUGCGCUCGCCAAACGGCUCCCCCUUGGAUGCUAGUGACACCAAGAUCCGACUCGAGUGGAACUCAGACUCGACAGUCUUGGCUGUUAUUCUCAGCGAUACAAUUCAACUCUGGACGACGGGCAAUUACCAUUGGUAUCUCAAGCAAGAAAUUGCCAUGGACCCAGGGUUUGCCUGCCUGGCUUGGCACUCGGAGAAGGCCCUUCGAUUUGCUGCAGUGUCGGCGGAGAGCAUGAUACUCGCCGAGCAAAUCUUCCACACAUCUCGAGGCUCAUGCCGCCUACCGUAUGAUAACGGAGUAGUCGCCGUUAUCGAUGGCGAGACUGUCAAGAUCACACCCUUCCGCACUGCCAAUGUGCCUCCGCCCAUGUCCUUGUUCGAGAUCAAAGCGGAGUCUUCUGUUGUUGACGUAGCGUUCGGGCGCCAGAACUCUUCAUUCGUGGUUCUGCACCAGAAAGGUGUAGACCUCUAUGAGCUGCCUUUGAAAAAUGGGCGAUCAACUAGGCCGGUAGAGGUGCUUAAGCUACCCUUUGAUACCCCUAAUAUGCCGGAGCAUCAUAUACCCCUAAGAAUCUGCUGGGUGGCUGACAACAGCUUGCGUUGUAUGAGCUACCAAGAUGACUUGGGCCAUCUACAGCUGGUUGUAUCGACUGACGAGGGAAACACUGCCGAAAUUAGCAUGCUAGAUAGCAAUCUGAUCCUUGGAGCGACCGCUACUCGUGAGGAUGAUUCUACUGUUGAGAGCUAUGGUCAGGACCAAUCCGGAAGAUUGUACAGGCUCUCGAAUUCUGGACAUGAACUUCUUCCAUUCCAGUUCACAACGCAACUUCCAUGGUUCGAAGUCAGCAAGCAUGAAGACGUCGAGAUGGCCUUUGGACUUUCGAGAGCGGGGCACAUCUUUGCCAACUCUAGAUUAUUGGCCAAGAAUUGUACUUCUUUUGUUGUUACGCCGAAUCACCUCAUUUACACCACUAGCAAUCACUUUGUCAAGUACGUGCACUUGACAGCAGACGUUGAGGAUUUGGAAGUUCCUGGCGAUGAUCCUGAAAAGGAUGAGCGUUGCCGUAGCGUAGAACGUGGUUCCCGUCUGGUCACAGCAAUGCCAACUAAUAUGAGCAUUGUACUUCAAAUGCCACGAGGCAACUUGGAAACCAUCUUCCCCAGAGCCAUGGUGGUUGCCGGUAUCAGAAGCUUAAUUGAUGAGAAGAACUAUGCACGGGCAUUUUCUUACUGUCGAUCGCAGCGAGUCGAUAUGAACAUUCUAUAUGAUCACAAACCCGAACAGUUUCUCUCAAGCGUUAGACUCUUCCUGGAUCAACUCGGCGAGGUCUCUUACAUCGAUCUAUUCCUCUCAUCACUUCGAGAGGAAGAUGUCACGCAGACCAUGUAUCAAGAUACCAAGCGAUCCAAAGCUCACUUCCACAGCAUCAACGCGGUCCCAGAACAACCGCCACCCUCUACGAAGCCUCAAGGUUCCAAGGUCAAUGCAAUUUGCGACGCGGUUCUGAAAGGCCUACAGUCCCUCAAAGCAACUCACCUCCAAAACAUCAUCUCCGCGCACGUCUGCAAAGUGCCUCCAGCUAUGGAUGACGGAUUGACUCUUGUAGCUGAGCUGAUGCAGGAAGACGAGAAACUUGCCGAAAAGGCGGUAGAACAUAUAUGCUUCCUCGUGGAUGUCAACCGAGUGUACGAGAAUGCUUUGGGUCUAUACAACCUUGAUCUUGCUUUGCUUGUUGCACAACAGUCUCAGCGAGAUCCAAGAGAAUAUCUGCCCUUUAUUCAAAACCUACACGUUCUUUCUGAGCUUCGCCGAAAGUUUGAGAUUGACGACCACCUCGCACGUCGGCAGAAGGCAUUGGGUCAUCUCCAGGCUCUUGAUGCAUUCGACGAACUGUGCAAGUACACUAGCAAGCACGACCUCUACCAAGACUCCCUCAAACUCUAUCGAUACGACCCGCCCCGUCUACAGACACUGACUGAAAUCUAUGCCAUCUAUCUGGAAUCGAAAUCUCAAUAUCGGGAAGCAGGUUUAGCAUACGAAUCUAUCAAAAACUACGCCAAAGCCACCAACUGCUACCGUUCAGCCGGUGCCACAUGCUGGCAGGAAUGUCUCUUCACAGCCUACCAGCAAGAUCCUCCCCUUUCUGCAGACAGCAAAGCCGAGCUUGCUACCGCCCUCGCAGACGCCCUCUGGGAGGCCAAAGACUUCUCCUCUGCCGCGACUAUCCACCUCGAUUAUCUUUCUUCGCUCGAGACUGCUGUCAAGUGUCUCUGCCGUGGCUACCAUUUCGCCGAGGCUAUUCGCCUUGUCAUUCAACACUCACGUCCCGAGCUUCUUGAGACCGCCAUUGACACUGGGCUCGCCGAAGCACUCGGCCGGACGACGGAAUUCUUGGCUGACUGCAAGGCCCAGCUUCGCGCCCAAGUCCCCCGCAUUGCUGAGCUUCGCCUGAAAGCUGCCGAAGACCCCCUCGCUUUCUAUGAAGGCGAGCGUGCCGGCGGACUGGAUCUGCCUGAUGACGUCUCCGUAGCGGCAAGUUCGCGCGUCAGCACUUCCGCCAGUUUGUUCACUCGCUACACUGGCAAGGCAGGCAGCGUGGGCACCGCGGGCACAGGCGUCAGUCGCGCUACGAGCAAGAACCGUCGGCGAGAGGAAAAGAAGCGCGCUAGAGGACGAAAGGGCACUGUCUACGAGGAAGAGUAUCUGGUCAACAGUGUGCGACGACUUGUCGAGCGCGUGGAGGCUGCCAAAUCCGAAACCGAGAGGCUAGUUUUCGCCCUCGUGAGGAGAGGCAUGGCUGAGCGAGCGAGAGCCGCAGAGGCGCUCUUGGCGGACGUGACGGAGGCUUGCGAGGUUGCGGUGAGGGAAGUAUUCGCUAUUUCGGCGGCACAGCAACUUCAACAGCAGCAGGAACAGGAGCAACAGCAGCAGCAGCAAGCUGGUGAGGCGAAUGCGUGGAAGGCUUCUGGAGGAGAGGGCGUGUUUCAGGAAUUCAUUCAAGAGCAGGGUAAGAAGCUUGAACCGCCGGUUAUUACAGGGAUGAAGAAGCUGGCAUUAUUGGGAUGAUGUUGGAGCUGAUGUCUAUGAUUUAUUUUUUAUCUUUCAAUUUUUUUUUUUUCUAUUCGCUUCAAAUGUUCAAAUAGGGAAUGAAUUACUUUGGUGAAUUUGACGAUAGAGAGAGAGAGAGAGGGGGGGAGAGAGAGAGAGAAGAGACUUGUGUGUUUGUGACUAGCACUUGUAGGCAGCUAUUCGACGUCGUUGAAUUCAUGACACUACAUUUAAGUGACCGAUUGUCUUACUGUUAAG